GUCCGUAGCGAGACUGUUACGCGCUCUGUGAUUGGCUGGGGAUUGGAGCUAGAGGUAAAAUAUGGCGGCGACCAGGGUGCUGCAUGUUGUGGCGGAUUCUGGAGCCUUCCUGAGGAACGCGGUGCUGCAGGAAAUCGGGAUUCAUAUCUACACGGUGCGGGAGGUGGUGAAUGAAAUCCGGGAUAAGGCGACAAGGAGACGACUUGCGGUCCUGCCCUAUGAGCUCCUCUUCAGGGAGCCGAGACCUGAAAGUAUCCAGCUAGUGACUGAAUUCUCAAAGAAGACCGGAGACUAUGCCAGCCUUUCCGCCACAGACAUCAAGGUUCUGGCUCUCGCCUACCAACUUGAGGCUGAACAUGUUGGUCCAGACCACAUUAAAACAGAACCACUCCACAAGGUCUCCGUCAGCACCACAGUGCAACACCCAGAGGCUCCUGUUAACGUGGCUGGCUUCCAUUUCCCCUCCAAGCCUGCAGGUAAAAGGGAGGGCGAGCUGAGAACAUCGGGGGCAGAUAUAAAUAAUGACCUGAAUGCAGCAAACCAAGAGUUUAAUUCCUUUUUGUUCUGGAGAAACCCCCUGCCCAGCAUCGAGGAUGAUUUGCUGGAACUGAUGAAUGCACAGUUGGUGUCUGUAACUAGCAGCCAAGAGUCAGUAAUAUCAGCAGCUCCCAUAUCCGAUGAUCAGGGCAACUCUGUGGAACAAUCAUCCAGUGAGGAGGAGGAAGAGGGUGACCAUGACGGAGGCUGGAUUACACCCAGUAACAUCAAACAGAUUCAUCAGGACUCUGGCACGCGAGAGGCUCCGGUUAAUGUAGUGGUCGGCUGCUUGACUACAGAUUUUGCUAUGCAGAACCUUCUCAUACAGAUGGGACUCCAUGUGUUGUCCGUGGAUGGGAUGCUCAUCCGCCAGACUAGAAACUACAUCUUGCGCUGCCAUGGCUGUUUCAAGACCACUUCAGACAUGACUAAGUCCUUCUGUCCACACUGUGGAAAUUUGACUCUGAAGAAGGUGGCUGUGUCCGUGAAUGAGGAUGGCAGCUUGCAGAUGCAUUUCUCCCGGAAUCCCAAAGUGCUCAACACUCGUGGGAUGAGGUACUCGCUGCCAACCCCACAAGGCGGGAAACACGCCUCAAACCCACACUUGGUUUUGGACCAGAAUUUCCCCCAGCAACGUCUCUCCAAGAAGGCAAGAGCCAAAACAGAUGUGUUCAACCCAGACUACAUUGCCGGAGCUUCGCCCUUUGCAGAAAACGACAUUUACAGCCGCGCUGCCAACCUGAAUAUCCGAGAUGGAGCGUCAGGAGCAGGGCGCAGGCGGGUGAACCCCAACGCUCCCAGGAAAAAGUGUGUGAAGAAGAGAUGAGGAACAUGUUUCAGGAUAUAUUUAUUUGAAGGUGCCUGUCAUCAGUCUGGGCAGCAGUGGAAGAUCAUGCCUCUGUGAGGAAAUGACAACGUAUAAAGGCAGGAGCCGUGUUACAGGUGUAUAAAUGAGAUGCCGUUGCUGAAGCUGUGUUCAUGAGGCAGGAAGUAAACGCCCUCUUUAGUUCUGUCUACUACAGCCUCCGCCAGUCUCACCCUAGUGACCAUAUGUCUAAUAGGGGGGCGGGGAGAUGUAAGUGACGUUUUGCGUGUCGUAGUCACUGUUUUGCUAACCACACAGCAUAUGUCCAGGCUUCUUAUAAUACAGUGAUGCAUGGCUAAAGAGAUGUGUGUAAACAAGUGUGAUAUUAAGAUAUAAAAAUAAAUACGUGUUUUUAAUAAUUCUAA